UGGCAACGUUAGAGCUUCGCUCCAAAUUCCGGUCGGUUUCAUUUCAUAUCAUUCUUAUCAAGACUUAUCUAUGUUUUCUAUUUCUCAAAUCUCAUGUGGUACGGACGGUGUGAUUGUGCAUAUAUUUUCGUCAUUAAAACUAUAUAGAAAACCUCAUACUUUUCAAAAAAUAUAUUGCAGUAGCUGUAAUGCGUGUCUUUCUGUUACAUGAAGACGUGAACCAUUAUGUAUGAUAAUGCAUUUAUAAAGUCCUACAUUCGUCACUUGAACAGUUGCUCGAUAUGGUGAAAAUAUCAAAAUGAUUUUUUACAAUAUAGCUAUUUGUUCGUUAACCAAGAGCUAUAAAUUUCGUAACAUUUUUUUUAAAUUACGGAUUUCUCACUUUACCGGAGUUGCUAGUGUUAUUGAUGAAUUACGUAAUACUGAACGUAAGCUGAUUAGUGACAAAGUGCUAUCUGAGAAAAGUCUUACGUUUUCAAUUCCUUGUAGUAGAUUUUUCUCCAACAAUGAUGUUGAGGAAAAACGCAUUUCUUGGUCUGGUGGAAUAUGUGAUAGAGUAGUCAAGUCCUCCGGCCCUUUACAACCGUAUUUGCGAUUGAUUAGAUUGGAUAACCCAACAGGUUGCUGGCUUUUAUUUUGGCCAUUUGGAUGGAGUAUAGCGUUGACUGCGAACCCCGGAUGUUUGCCAGAUUUACAUUGUCUAUUGACGUUUUACUUGAUGGCGGUAAUCAUGCGAGGAGCUGGAUGUACUAUAAACGAUAUGUGGGAUAAAGAAAUUGACCAAAAAGUUGCUCGCACCAAACAUAGACCACUAGCCAAAGAAGAAUUGACUAGAUUUGAUGCUUUGGUUUUCCUGGGCGGUCAGUUAGGAUUAGGAUGUUUAAUUUUACUGCAGUAUAAUUUUUAUACCGUGAUAUUGAGUGCUAGUUCGUUGGUUUUAGCAAUAAGCUAUCCUUUGAUGAAAAAGCUGAUUCCAUAUCCUCAAGUUAUUUUGGGAAUGGCGAUGAAUUACGGUACUUUGCUAGGAUCUCCUGCUGUUUACGGGUUUUCCGAUUGGUCAGUUUGUUUGCCUUUAUAUCUUGGUGGUAUUUGUUGGACCGUUGUUUAUGAUACCAUCUAUGCCUAUCAAGAUAUAAAUGAUGACAAAAAAUUGGGAUUAAAAUCCACAGCAAUUACUUUUAACGAUAAUCCGAAAUUAUGGUUAGGCGGCUUCAGUGGUGGUAUGAUUUCGUUAAUGAGUAUUUGCGGUAUAAUGAACGAACAAACCUGGCCAUUUUAUACGUCAUUAUUACUAAUUUCUGCUCACCUUGCCAAACAAAUUUAUAAUUUGAAUACAGAUAACGUUCAAGAGUGCGCUUCGAAAUUUGUUUCCAACCAAAGAAUAGGGUUAAUUUUAUUUUUAGGUAUUGUGUUAGGAAGUUUGUUGAAAUCAAAAUCCGUUGAAAAAAAUUCAAGUCAGGCAUCUAGUCAGAAAUUAGUUACCGAAUCAUGAUGGAUUUUAGUUCCUUGAGAGAUUUAUGUAAACGGUGUUGUUAAUUCAUAAAUUUAAACAUUUGUUAUGUAAUAUCAUAAUCGUCUUUAGUGAGAUGAAAAUAUUAUAAUCAGAGUUCUUUAAUAGUCUUUUAAAAGAAUUUGAAGUAACUUUGAAAGUAAAUAAUUUUUGUUAAUUGUUGAACAUUCGAUUAUGCUAAUCAAUAUGAAGAUGGGUGAAGUGAAUUAUUGUACAACAUGAUACAUAUAAGAUAAGACUUGAAUUUUCUGUAAAACUUCAUGUGAGAGAUGACCAUUUUUCACUCGAAGAUUGAAAAUGAAUCAAAUAAAAAAAGUGCGCGUCCAUAAAAA